AUGGCCGAACUACACUCUUGCGAGUCCGACUACGACGAAUCCGCCGAUGAAGCCAUCACCAUCACACUCACCCACCGCAACACACCAUACACUUUCAAAUUUUCCUCGGACGGAACAAUCACCCACCUCUCCGAAGAUGUCGAAGACACCCUCUCGAUCCCCCCUUCAAAUCAAAAGUUCAUCGUCCCGAAGCUCGGCCUCCUGAAGCCCCCUUUCAAAGACCCCGACAUGUCCCUCGUCGAUCUGCAGAACAAGAAGAUCAUGCUCAUGGGCGUCGAGGCCAAGGAGGUCGCAUCCCUCCAGGCCGCAUCCGAAUUUGCCGCGAAACGAAACGCCGCGCGCAGUGCCGCGCGGAGACAGAACCGGCCCUCGAGGAGGAGAGACCAGGGACGCGCGCAGGCGGACAGCACCUACACCUUUCUCUCGGUCCGGCCGCUGGCAGGGCUUCCGCACCCGGAGCGAUCCCUGGCGCUUCUCGAAAAGCUGAAGGAGGACCCGGGCAUCCGCGCCUCGAUGCGCAAGCACAAGUUCAGCGUCGGCCUCUUGACGGAGAUGGAACCCCUGUCCAACACACAGUCCAGCCACGAGGGAACCACUAGGCUUCUUGGCCUCAACCGCAACAACGGAGAAGCGAUUGAGCUGAGGCUGAGGACGGAUGCGCACGACGGGUACAGAGAUUACAAGACGAUUCGCAAGACCUUGUGCCACGAGCUGGCGCACAAUGUACACGGCGAUCAUGAUCGCAACUUUUGGGAUUUAUGCCAUCAGAUUGAGCGCGAGGUCGAUGCUGCGGACUGGAAACAUGGCGGGCACACGGUUGGAGAGGGAUCUUCGUAUCAUGCGCCGGGACAAGAUGAGGAAGAUGGCUUCGAGGAUCACGGCGGUUGGGAAGGCGGCGAUUUCGUGGUGGGAGGAAGUAGUGGUGGCAACACUGGUCUGAGCCGACGAGAGAUUCUGGCAAAGGCUGCAGAGGAGAGGGUCAAGAAGAUGAACAUGGAGAGGAGGGAUGGAGGCAAACCCGAUUCUGGUGCAUCGUCAUAA